GUAACCCCUCCAAUCUCUCUCUCUCUCUCUCUCUCUCUCUCUUCCUCUGCAAGCACGAAUCUUCUUCCCCGUCGAACUCCUCCUCCUCCUCCGUCCCCUUCCUCGAUCGCGCGCGCGAUUCCACGGUCGUCGGCUCGAUCGCCGCCGGAGAUGGCGUCCGGUUCGUCCGGCCGGCCCGGCACGGGCUCCAAGGGCUUCGAUUUCGCGUCCGACGACAUCCUCUGCUCCUACGAGGACUACGGCAACAGCCAGGACGCCUCCAACGGGAGCCACUCCGAUUCCGCCCUCAACGCCGCCAAUCCCGGCAAGGACUUCCACAAAAGUAGACUUGUCCGGCCAAUGGUUUAUUCUGCUCCUGCCUAUAGCCAGCCAGAGGAUUCCUUUAAUCAAGAUUUAAUUGCUUCUGUUGAGAAAAGCAUGAAAAAACAUACGGACAACCUCAUGCGCUUUCUCGAGGGGAUAAGUUCACGGCUGUCUGAGUUGGAAUUAUACUGCUACAAUCUGGAUAAAUCAAUUGGAGAGAUGCGAUCUCAAUUGAAUCGAGAUCAUGGGGAUGCAGAUACAAAGCUUAAAUCUCUUGACAAACAUCUUCAAGAGGUCCACAGGUCAGUACAGAUUUUGCGAGACAAACAAGAACUUGCUGAAACUCAGAAAGAACUAGCCAAGCUUCAGCUUGCGCAGAAAGAGUCUUCCUCUGGCCAUGACAAAUCAAAUGAGGAAAAAACUUCAACACCUAAAUCUGACAGCAAGAAGUCUGAUAAUGCAUCUGAUGUAUCCGACCAGCAGCUAGCUCUGGCUCUUCCACAUCAAGUGUCUCCGCCACAACCACCGGCUGCCCCUCCAUCACAAGCCCCUGCACAGAAUGUUUCCCAACAGCAAGCCUAUUAUCUGCAACCUGGCCAGAUUCCAAAUACAUCGGUACCUGCCCAGCUACCUCAGAGUCAAUACGUGGCUUCAGAUCCUCAUGUCAGGAUGUCUCAGCUUCAAGUGGCCCCUCAAUCCAUGCAGCCUCAGGCGAAUCAGACACCUGCACCACCACCGACGCAUUCAUUCCCACAGUAUCAGCAGCAAUGGCCUCAGCAACUACCUCAGCAAGUACAACCACCACAACAGUCGUCUCUGCAACCGCAGAUCAGAGCCCCCUCACCAGCUGUUUAUUCUCCCUACCCACCGAGUCAACCCUCCAACCCUCCUCCAGAGACGCUCCCAAAUAGCAUGGCAAUGCAGUUGUCUUAUUCUGGAGUUCCGCCAGCUGUAUCUAGCCGUGUUGAUACAGUAUCUUAUGAAUAUGGCGGACCAGGUCGGAUGGGUCAACAACAGCCUCCACUUCCCCCUCCCAAGGGCACUUUUGGAGCACAUCCUAGUGAAACUUACCAAGCUGCUGGGCCCCAAAGUAUGGCACCUCCGACUAGUGGAUAUAUGAUGUAUGAAGGAGAUAUGGCAAGGGCACAUCAUCAACCUCAGCAAAUGCACUUCCCUCAGGGUGCAUACCCUCCAACCAAUCUACCUGUUCAGAAUCCCCAUCCAGCCCCAGGUGGUAAUUUGGUGGGUCGGAACCCUAGUCACUCACAGUUUGUUCGGAACCAUCCCUACGGUGAGUUGAUUGAGAAACUGGUGAACAUGGGUUUUAGGGGUGAUCAUGUGGCGAGUGUCAUUCAGAGGUUGGAGGAGAGCGGGCAGCCUGUGGAUUUUAAUGCGGUCCUUGACAGAUUGAAUGUGCAUCCUUCUGGAAAUUCACAGAGGGGAUGGUCUGCUUAAAAAUCUCUAGUUUCAAUCACUGGCUUAAAAAUCAGUGUGAUAGACGGUCUAUGCUUUGCAUCCCGUUUAAAUAAAGAAGUCCAGAAUUGCGAGCAAGGUUUCCUCGAUUGUUUUGAGAUGAGGGAUGCCAAAAUUGUUGUACAUGUCUGAUCUCUUUUCUGAACUUCAAUGUGGGUUCUCUUUUCAUGAACAUUGGAAAUUGAAAAACUGGAUAUGACACAUGCUGAGGCUACUACCAUAUAUUUCUGUGUUCGUCGUU